GCCCAAAAACAUCGACAUCAUUCAUUGUUGAAGUAUUUUUAUACCCCUCUCUCUCAAUAUAAAACACAUUUACCUCUUCAAUACAUCCUCAAUUACCUUCGCACACUAUCUUAUGUACUCAUUUCGCACUUUAAGCAAAUUCGUCAAACCAACCUUUUUACGACAGAGUAUUGUCGAUUCAGGUGAGAUGUUGAUUGACAAAUACUUCAACCUCUCUUUCUGCAGCUUGCUAAUACUUGAAUAUCUUCAUAGCUAGCCGAUCCUUCGCAGCAAUGUCUACAGAUACGAAGCGCUAUAAAUUUAAUCACUCGAUGUAUGAGUGAAAAUUCAACAUGAUAUUCCUUCAUACUACGGUACUAAUUCAUCCAUAGGAUUCGAGUUAAAGAUCCCAAGAAAUCUGGUAAGUUUGUACUUUGCAUAUGCAUUCAAUAGCUUCCAUAACUAAUAAUUCACAAAGUCAAAUUCUAUGAACUUUUAGGAAUGAAGAUGAUUCGAAAGAUUGAACAACCUGAGGCUAAAUUCGACCUUUACUUUAUGGGUUACGAUUCACCAAAAGCUCUCUCCCAUGGAAAUCAUUUCAGUGAUCGAGAAGGAUUAAUCGAAUUGACACAUAAUUAUGGGACUGAGAGUGAUGUCGACUAUAAAGUUUCAAAUGGAAAUACUGAACCUCAUAAAGGUUUUGGGCAUACUUGCAUAUCUGUUGAUAAUCUCCAAGCAGCUUGUCAAAGAAUUGAAGAUGCUGGUUACAAAUUCCAGAAGAAAUUAUCCGAUGGACGUAUGAAGCAUAUUGCUUUUGUGUUGGAUCCAGAUAAUUAUUGGGUUGAGAUUGUCGGGCAAAAUCCUAUCGAAAAAACCGAAGAUAUCAAAACUACAGAUGUUGAGACCUAUCGAAUGGUAACAUUUUCUUUUCUUCCCUCAGUACCUAAUCAAUGAUAGCUAACCAAGUUGUAGAACCACACUAUGAUUCGUAUCAAGGAUCAUGAAAAAUCAUUAAAGUUUUACCAAGAAGUAAUGGGAAUGUCACUCGUGAGAACAGCUGAAAUGCCCGCUGCUAAUUUCAACCUUUACUUCCUUGGUUAUCCUGGAGAAAAAGGCCUUCCUACAUCAUCAACAGCGGACCGUGAAGGUUUAUUAGAACUGACAUGGAAUUAUGGUACUGAAAAGCAAGCAAAUUUCAAAUAUCAUAAUGGUAAUGAUGAACCACAAGGUUUUGGUCACAUCUGUAAGUUAACCUUAUACAAAGGAUCUUAUAUGCUUGAUAUUAAUUUUGUGACAGGUGUAUCCGUUGAUGAUUUGGAUGCAGCAUGUCAGAGAUUUGAUGAAAUGGGAGUUAAUUGGAAGAAGAGAUUGACUGAGGGUCGCAUGAAAAAUGUGGCAUUCAUUCUUGAUCCUGAUAAUUAUUGGAUUGAGGUUAUUCAAAAUGAAAAGUUGAAGGAAAGAGCUAAUUGGUAAAUUUUGAGUGGGAUAUCAACUCAACUGGGAGCACAACUGGGAGCACAACUGGGAGCACAUCAAAAGGUGCAUGAAAGCAGUAUGGAAAAUUGCAGAUAUCAAUCAUAGUAGCAAAUGCGUGCAUAUUUCAUCAUUUCAGG